AUGGUUGAAACCUUGUUCGGUUGGACAUUCUCCGGUCCGACGUGCAUCGAUUCUUGCGGUACGACAGCCUGUCUCCUAUCGACCAAGGAAGAUAUUCUUGAUGUCACCCUCCGAAAAUUUUGGGAGAUCGAGACUAUCCCAACUCAAUCGACACAUUCCACUGAUGAGCGGACCUGCGAGGAACUGUACGAGAAAACUACCACCCGAAGUAACACUGGGCGAUACAUAGUUCGCCUACCCAAAACGGAUAAUCCAGAUAUCAUCUUGGGAGAUUCCCGAAGCAUCGCUGAACGUCGAUUCCUCAGCUUAGAGCGCCGUUUAGAACGAAGCCCGGACGUCAAAACUGCAUACCAUCAAUUUAUGGCAGAUUAUGAGCGUCUAGGGCACAUGAAACGUCUUGAUGAACCAGUAGACAGCAGUCCGGAAGAUCCCAUUGCAUCGUAUCAACUCCAAACGGUAACCUAUGGCACCGCGUCUGCCCCAUACCUUGCCACCAAAACGCUACAAAGACUUGCUAAAGAUGCAGCUGAACGUUUCCCCGCUGCCGCCGGGCCCGUUACUGAUGACUUCUAUGUCGACGAUUUUUUGUCUGGAGCCGUCAAGACAGCACUCCUACUUCGCCGCGAAGUCUCCGCAAUGCUCGAGUCAGCAGGACUCCCAAUCAAGAAGUGGGCAUCCAAUUCACUCGAGGUUCUCGAAGACAUUCCACGAGAAGACCAAGCAAUCCAGCCUUGGUACGAUCUCCAAGAUGAGCAGUCCGUCAGCACUCUCGGCUUAGUGUGGGAGCCCCGCUCCGAUUCUCUCGGUUUUAAAGUACAACUUCCCCUGCCUGCGGCCACUCUAACGAAGCGUACGAUCAUGUCGUACAUAGCACGAAUUUUCGACCCCUUAGGACUAGUGGGUCCGGCUGUUACCAAAGCAAAAAUCUUCAUGCAGCGCAUGUGGGCGCUGAAAACCUCCGAUGGCAAACGUUUUGAUUGGGACCAGCCUUUACCGCAAACCCUGCAGCUUGAGUGGAAAGAGUUCCACAAUACCAUCGACCUACUACGCCAAGUACGAGUUCCACGUUUUGUUGCAAUUCCGGACGCAAUCAGUUUUGAACUGCAUUUUUUCGCCGAUGCGUCAGAGAAGGCGUACGGCACCUGCUGUUUCGUUCGUGCUCAAUCAUCCCAACAAGUAACUGUUCAGCUCCUAACCUCCAAAGUUCAAAGGUCGGCACCGCUCGCCGCACGUCAUACCAUCGCCCGGUUGGAGCUCUGUGCAGCUCAUCUAUCAACGCAGCUCUACAAGAAGGUGGCAGCUGCUCUCAAAUUUCCCUAUAUAGCAUAUUUUUGGUCCGACUCCACAACAACCCUUCAGUGGAUUCGUUCGUGCCCCGGACGUUGGAAGACCUUCGUGGCGAAUCGAGUCACACACAUCCAGCUUUCAAGUCCAAUUGACAACUGGAAGCAUGUAGCAGGUAUUGAUAACCCGGCCGACGAUAUAUCCAGAGGUUUGAGCCCCGCCGAAAUCCUAAACAAAACACGUUGGUGGAAUGGACCACCAUGGCUUGCUCUACCUCCGGAAUCCUGGCCUGCUGGUGCACUUUCCAAUGUAGAACCACCCGAAUUAUCCCAAGAAAGCAGAAAGACUCCGAUUGUCGUCAUGACCGCAACUCAAAUCAACUUUAACGAAAGACUGUUUUCCCGUUUCUCAUCAUAUUCCAAGCUUCGUAGGACUGUUGCUUACUGCCUGCGGUAUUGUCAGCUGCUGCGUGACCGGGCGAUCUUUCACCGUAGCAGCCCAGCAACACAUACACAGCUCAUCGUAAAGGGGACUACAAAUGCACCCUUUCAAGCACUGACUACAGAUGAACUUCACUCAGCCGAAAGAAUCCUCUGUCGUCUGGCCCAGCACGAUUCGUUUCCCGAAGAGCACAGUGAUCUCGCUGCUGGUGAUUUCGUUUCCAAAACCAGUCCUCUUAAGUGGUUGAGUCCCCAAUAUGACCAGUUCGGAAUCAUCCGCGUUGGCGGACGAUUGAGCAAUGCUGAACUACCGGAAUAUGUUAAACAUCCCAUUGUACUGAGCGCCAAACAUCCAUUGGCCAAUUUAUUGGCAGCACACUACCAUAAAAGAUUGCUGCACGCUGGACCUCUGCUGAUGCUUUCCAGCCUUCGACAGAAAUUCUGGAUUUUAGGUGGGAGAAAUCUAGUUCGACGAAUUUUUCAUCAAUGCCAUGUGUGCUUCCGAAAGAAGCCCCAGUUAAUUCAACAAAGUGUAGCUGACCUUCCAUCAUCCCGAGUAACUCCUGCUCGCCCAUUCACCAUCUGUGGAGUAGAUUAUUGCGGCCCAUUUUACGUGAAAUCUGAAAUACGGAAAAGAGGGCCAACGAAGGUUUAUGUAGCAAUAUUCGUUUGCUUCUCGACACGAGCCGUCCAUAUAGAGCUCGUGAGCGAUCUCACCACAGCUGCAUUUCUAGCUGCACUUCGUCGAAUGAUCUCCGAUAGAGGGUGGCCUACGGAAAUUCAUUCGGACAAUGCUACCACCUUUAAAGGUGCUUCCAACGAACUUCGCCGCUUGUACGAAAUAUUUAAGAACGACCAAGCGGCACGAACUGAGAUUUUCACAUGGUGUGCGAAUAAUGAAAUUCGAGGGAAAUUCAUUCCACCCCGCGCCCCUCACUUCGGAGGAUUGUGGGAGGCUGCCGUAAAGUCGGCUAAGUUCCACCUCCUCAAGGAAAUAGGCAACCACUCCAUCACCCGCGAAGACCUGGUAACUCUGCUGGCCCAGGUUCAGAUGAUGCUGAAUUCCCGCCCACUGACACAUAUACCAUCGCAACCACAAGACUUGGAGGUCCUUACGCCGGGCCAUUUUCUAGUUGGUACCAAUCUGCAAGCCGUCGUCGAAACAGACCUCAAAAAUGUUCCUGAUAAUAAGCUUACGCACUGGGAUUUGACACAAAAACGGUUCCAGAAUAUUUGGGCACGCUGGUACCCGGAGUAUUUACAGCAAUUACACACCCGGGCUACCAAAACAUGCCAAACACCAACAGAUAUCCAAAUAGGACGAGUUGUCAUCAUUAAAGAGGACGACGUGCCACCUGUUCAGUGGCCACGUGGGAGAAUCAUUAAGACUCAUCCAGGAAAGGACGGGAUCAUCCGGGUCGUCACGUUGAAGACUGCGAGCUCGGACAACGUUGUUCGACCUGUCGCAAAACUUGCCUUCCUGCCUAUGCCAGAUAGCCGCCAGUUAGCAGAAUCAGCCGUCAAAGACCAGUAG